AAUGGAAUUGUAUUUUUGUGAGAAGAGAGAAAUUGAUCGAGAGGAGCAGAGCGUGCGCGCUGGGAUGCCGAAGUCAUCAUCUCCAUCUCCGACAGUCACCCCAAUGACGCCCCCAACACUUCUUCUCAAAUCCCACAAUCCCCAAUCCCAAUCCCAAUCCCAAACCCUAACCCUAAACCCUCCUCAUCACUCCUCUGAUCUCGACCCCCUUCUUCCCCCUUUCCCCCACUCACUCCUUCUCAUGGACGAUGACGAUGACCCCGAUCCCCACCCCCCUCCUCCUUCCUUCUCUUCUCUCAUCUUCCGCGACGACGAUGAUGACGAUGACGAUAUCGACGACGACCUCAAGCUUGACCUCAAACCAUCCCCUUCUUCUCCCUGCAACGCUGACCCUGACCUUGACCCUUGACCCUAAUCUAGCUCCAGAUCAGCAGCAGCAGCAGCAGCGCCCGCCUCCGCCUCCGCCUCUUGUUGACCCAGCUCCCCACAUCUCCUCCCAAUUCUAUACCUUCAAUCGUGAGUCUCACGGUCUUAUGGUCCGGUGCAUCCUAGAGGGGCGGCUCGCAACUCCUGAUGAGAUCCGUGCAGCUACCCCUCGCCCGGUUUUGAAGUCCUGGAGGUCGGUGUGGAAGGAUCGUAAUGAGGAUACCGCGUAUCUCACUGCCUGGAAGCGUAUCCAGGACAAACUCUAUGCCGGCGCUGGUGGUGUGCUUUAUUUCAAGAACAACCCCUCCCAGCGUGUCUCCUAUGUUGACCAGUGGCAGGACAUUGUUGCUGCUUCUCAUGCCGAUGCUGACUUGCGGCAUCUCGGGCUCAAGGAGACUGUCGACCGUAUCAAGCAGUCGUGGACUGUUGGGGCGAAGUUUUAUGGCAUUCCUGAAUCGUUCAUCCGCGUGUGCCUUGCGGCUUGCCCUGUUUGUUCUUCGCCAUCCUUAACUGCUGGAGGUGGUGCACACUUUGCUCUUGCUGGGGUGAGAUCCAAGAGGCGAAGGUUUGAGUAUACGGAGUCGUUUGAUGUGCCCGCUAGUGAUGUCCCGCGCAGACUGCAGCAGCUGGCGGCCAAGCAUAAGGUGGUGCUGUGCAUCCGGCAGAAGUAUAUCCGGUAUAAACCUUUCAUGGCGGAGGUGAAGGAUUAUGCAUGCCACCGAGCUGGUGAGCCCUCGUCUGCCACUGGCUCCUCAUCCAAGAAAGCUCGGGUUUUAAAGAGGGAGCCUUAUGCCUCCAAACGAUGUGGUUGUGGCUUUCGUAUUCGCGCCAUAGUCCCAAUUACCAAUUACAAUGAGAAAGACAAGACCUUUGUGUACCAGGAGGAGGGCACAGCUGUCUUCAAACUGUUUGCGGUGCACUCCGGGCACGAACCAGGUCCGCUUGAUGGAAAUGCGAGGAUAAUUCAUCGGUUGGUUGGUAACAAAGGGGGCUUUGAUCGGGAUCCAGAAAUUUAUGGGAUUAGAGAAGAUACAGAGCCUGAAUCUUUUGUUGGCCUUCUUGGAAAGGAUGAUGGUGUUGACCCUCAUUUGGCAGUCCUGCAGCAGGUUCAGGCGAUUAGGGUUGAGGUUGGGUUGUUGGAGGGGAGGAUUUCCAAGAUGCCUCAAGAGCUGCUAGGCUCACUGUCUGGAGAACUUUCAGAUAUCUUGCAUAGGCUUAGAAGUGUAGGUGAACACCACCAUUCUGAUGGGCCUCUGGUGGUUGGUGAUGAUGAUGUUCAGCAUUGGACAACUGACCAUGAUCACCACCUUGAUGGGCAGGAUAGUGUCUUCAGCAAAGGCAAUGAGAUUAUUGAAGAGGAUGAGAGUGACUUUGAUCGAGCGCUAGGGGCUAUUGUGCCAUGGGAUAGGAUGGCAGCAGAAUGCCAAGAUAGAAAGAUGCUUAUGAGUGAGUCCUGCAAGUCGGAGAAGUGGUUAAUGAAGGAAGACUGUAGUGACUUUGAUGAGAAGAGCAUUCUCAAUUGUGGUGAGGAAGAGGAGGAAGAAUCAAAAUUGAUAAAGCCCUUGAGGCAUCAUGGAUCGAUGGUUGCAGACACAAAUCUUGUUGCCAUUCAGGUGGAUGGCUUCUAUCACGACAAUGCAAAGUGGUAUGAUUCCCCAGGUGGCUUAGAUCCUGGUGGGGAUGCUGGGGAUGGAGGGUUUAGGCAUGGCAGGAUUGUAUGAAGAAAUGCGUAGAUUGAGCAUGCUUCCAAUCUCUCCUGGGUGAAGGGGAAGUGUUUGUAAAUUUUGUACACUGGGGAAACUUAAAUCACGUCAUGGUGUCAUUGUGUUUUCAUUGGAGGUUCCUCAAGGUCAAGGUGGCAAUGUUGGUUGUUUUAUACGCAAACUGCCUUUAUCUACCGGCCAUGUUUACUAGGUAUGUUCAGGCGUAUGAAGGUUAUGGAUAUUCUGGCUACCUUUGUUUCACCCAAUUCAUUCGGGUGUACCUCCCAACUCAUGAAUAUAAAUUUAUUUUGACUGCUUUCAUUAUAUCAGUUUGAGCAUGGUUAUGGUUCUCUGCAAGUUGAACGGAAUUUGGUUUCAUGUAAAUGAUAUGGAGGUGGUUACCUCAUACACUGUUUUUGCACAAUAGGUAUUGUGUAAACCGUCUUGCUAUUAUAGACACCUUCAUCUAUUCAUAUGUGGCUUUUACCCUUCUUUUUUUCAGUAUUUGAUGUACCGAUUUAUGCAUUUGUUACUGGCAUACAUACAGGUUAUGAGCUUCCCUGUUUUAUUUGGUCUAUGGUAAUCUCUAGAAGUUUAUAUUCUGCUGCUUUCAUUUUCAUAUUCUUCCUCGUGCUCUUGCAGAUUAUGCUCAAUUUACAUUUUCUUUUAAUCUCAUGCAUCACAUGGACAAGUUUAUGUGCUAAUUUUUGCCCCUUAUAUUAUUAGUUUUUGAUAUGGUUUGUACUCUAACAUUGCUGUUUUCUUAAACACGUGUAUAAUUAUAAAGGCAUGCCAGAAAUGCUUUUUACUCCAUCUAUUGUCUGAUACAAAAGCUGAAUUUAGUUCUGCAGACACGUUGUCCAAUGCUAUUUCAUUUUCUCAUCUAACUGUUCACCUCAUAGCCUAUAUGAAAUCCUGCAUGUGUAUUCUUAUUGUGCCUCUCCUUUGCAUUUUCAUUGCAAUCAGAGGUUACUUAUAGAUGCCUUUGUAAUCUUGACUGUGAAGUUUGUAUUUUCUAGACCUGUUAGUAGCUGAGCUUGAGAAACUACGAUUAACUACCUUGUCUUGUAAAGAUCACAGAAUCAUACUUCUGCUUUCUUAAGUGCCUCUAUCUUUCCCUUGAAUGUGGGUAUUAGAAUUUAGAAAUGUGUCUUGGAUUCUAUAUGGGUUUAUUUAUAUAGGCUGUGUUUAAUUGGAUAGAAGAUGAUGAAAGAAAAGGGAAACAACUUUACUUGGGAUACAUGUAAAAUGCCAAAGCAAUAUAUAGUUUCAUUUCAGUCUAAUUUUUACACUACUUGUCCAAAACUAUUCUUUUUCCUUUCCAAAUCAAGGAAGCUAACAAGGGUUUUUUUUUUCAUUUUACUUUCCUUUGAGUUUUUUCUUCUCUUGGAAUGAAAGACAUGAUAAAAUUGUAAGCUGAUUUGCCCAGCUGGCGCCUGUAAAAGUGAAAGCAGUUACGGGCAUUCAGCUUGUGAUUAUUGGAAUGAUUUGUUCGAUAUCAUCAGUUUUCAGAGUGUCUAGCUUUAUGGUGAUUUUGAAAACCAGCUGUAUUGGCAAGGCAUAGUCAAUACCAGGGUUUAAGGCUGUCUGAAUUAUUAAAGGUCAAGCACCGAAGUCGGCCAGUAAUUUGAAAGCGGAUUUUGCUUGGCUGCCUUUUCCAUGUUCCUUUAUUUCAAACUCAUCAAAAGUCAGAUCCGAUAGCUGUCUGGCCAUCAGAUGUUUUAUGAGAGCGUUUGAUGAGAAGGUAACGGUGGGGAUUUUUCACUUCAAGAUCUGCAUGGUGUUCUUGAAUUCUUCACAGGUAGCAGGCCGAGAUUUGAAUGGAUAUCAAAGCGUCAACUCUGGUCUGACUGCAUUUACUAUGUGGUCCUGUUGGAUGAUCAAUCAACAUGGAUCUUACAAGGCUCAAGCUUCUUCAACUGGUGUAGUUUUCACUUGGGCAUCAGGAUGUGAACUAAUCGAAGUAGUGUUAUAUUUGCGCCUGGUCGUAUUUUAACUGAUUGCCGAACUUAAGCUCCACAUGCAUUGCCCUUGAAUAUUUCUCCUACUCCUUUUGCUCAGCAUGGAGAAGUGAUGAAAGGAUAGUGGUUUUACGGUUUUCCUGGUUUUUCCUUUUCCUUCUCACAAACUAUUGAUGAUUUGGAAAUUUGAUGCAAACAUGUGCAAUCCUUUCAAGCCUGAUGAUGAUCAAUGCAAGUGCGUUGAAAUUUAACUGUA